AUGGAUCAGAAUCAAACGCGGGCAUCUGGGUUUAUCGAUACGUUGUGGGAGGAAGACGACUACUUGGAAGACAUCAUAGACCAUCUUGCUUAUAUGGAGGAUGUGACUUUGCCAAGCAUUCUCAUGAUCGAAAAGCAAGAACAAAUCACGUGGGACCUACGGUCAAAUCUCAUCGACUUUGUCACCCGAUCACAUCAGCACUUUCGUCUUCCCUCGCACGUGCUAUUUUUAUCUAUCAAUCUCAUUGACCGAUACUGCUCAAGGAAGCAGGUCUUUGAAGAACACUACUGGUUGCUUGGGAGUGUCGCACUCUUUGUUGCCUCCAAAUAUGGUGAUAAGACUGACCGAGGUAGAAAUCUCAUACCUCUGUCGGUUCGUGAUAUAAGGAAGCUGUGUCACGACAUCUUUGAUGAACAUAUGAUAGCGCAAAUGGAAGUCUCAAUCUUGUACACUCUAGACUGGGUGAUGGGCCACCCGACAACGGACCAUUACCUGGACUUUUGCUCGUAG